CUGUUGAAAAGAACCCUACUGCGCAUGCUCGAACGCUCGCACAACAAACAUGGCGGCGCGUUAUGUGAGAGCAGUCGGGACGGCGCUGAAAGUGACCCGGCAGCAGAGGACACAACAGUCAGUCACUUCCCUGAGAGAUGACAUCGUCUCCCUCGCUCCCUCAGGUGUUCACCUCCCUCCCUCGGGUGUUCACCUCCCUCCCUCGGGUGUUCACCUCGCUCCCGCCCGGUGGCUCCUCGCGCAGAGCAGCCAGGCCCCGGUGUCGUGUCCCCGCCCGCGGCCGCACGCUGCUCGGUGUCGGCUCCUCCAUGUCUCCCCCGCUGCCUCCAGGUGCAGCUCCAGGACGGAGCCGCAGAGGAACAGCCGCACAGAGGACCAGAGAUCCAGGGAGGAGGGGGAGGAAGAGCCGGAGUACAUCCCCAGGAAGGGCAAGAACCCCAUGAUGAAGAUCGGCUAUGCGUGGAUGAUCGGCCUCCCCACGGGGAUCAUCAGCUUCGUCCUUGCCAAGAGAGAAGUGGACAAGAACCGACUGAAGCAGCUGAAGGUUCGACAGAGGAUGAGGAGGUCAAACGAUGGGGAGUACGAAGGCAGUCGCUACCACCGCCACAAAGACGCCGACGCUAACCCCGGCCAGUAGUGUUCAUGGUGGGCUGUGAUGAUUUGCACCGUAGCCCUGUAUGUUGCUAUUCAAGAGGGUGAAUUCCUGCACCGCCACCCGAGACCGAUAACAGGACAGAUGUCAGAUGAAAGAGCUUGACUUUAAAACACCCAAAAGCUCUGAGAUACAUUAAGAAGUGAACAUUUCUUCUGUUGUUGACACAGGGAAUCUGGGGAGGAACAUGUCUGUGACGUAGCCUGUAAUCAGGACCCCUUUUCUGCUUACUCGUGGACAUGGCUCAUAAUGUUAAAUGAGAACGCUUCAUUUAAUUUUGAGAAUAACCAUAUACUUAUUGGCCAUCUCGCUGAUGUCCAUGUAGAUUUGUGGGAAAUAAAUGAAAAUGUAUAUUUAUAAAAGGGGGCUUAUAUAAAUGUCACUUGUGACUGGUACAGCUGCAAAUGAACCACAUCAUAACUCCAAUAAAAAUUCUUUAAUUUCA